UAAACAAAGAUGGCGGUGUAGUGUCCACCGUCCUGUGUGUUGUCAGAAUAUUUUUGGCUUUAAAAUGAUUUGUAUUCUUAAUAAGUUGUGUAAACAUCCCCGUGUGUAGUGUCUCUGUCGCCUGGUUUGGACUGUCGUGAGCGUGGGGUUUCAAAAUGAGCGGCUGGGCCGGUUUUUCUGACGAUGAACUGCGGAGGUUGCAGCAGAAAGAGUCUGCAGGGCUCGCAGCGGCAGCCCGCGGUCGGAAGCCGGCUUCAGCUAACCGCAGUCGGCAACAACUACAGCGGGAGAGGGCUCUUCAUCUCGCCUCUCAGAAAAACAUAGUCGAUGGGGGUCAUGUCCUUCCACCAGAGCAGCAACUCACGAAGCCGCCACCCAAAGAAGAGCCCCGGCCCGCGGCUCCAGCAAGAGCUCCGGCCGUGAGACUCGAUGCGCAGCCGAAGAUCUGCGAGGUGAAGCCGAGCAAAGACCACCAACCGGCCGCAGAGGAGCAGACCCCACUUGUCAAAGAGCUGGAGAAACAAGAGGUGGAACUACGGGAGAAGACACGUCUGGAGCAACUGCAGCAAGAGCAAAAAACCAUGGAGGAAAAUAAUAAGCGCAAGAAAGCUCUUCUGGCAAAAACUAUUGCGCAGAUGUCCAAACAGACGCAGGCAGAAGCGGUGAAGCUAAAGAGAAUCCAGAAGGAGCUCCAGGCCCUCGAUGACAUGGUGUCCAACGAUAUCGGCAUCCUGAGAGGAAGGAUAGAACAAGCCAGCUGGGACUACACUGCAGCCAGGAAGCGCUAUGAGAAGGCGGAGGCCGAGUAUGUGAUGGCCAAACUUGACCUGCACAAGAAGACGGAGGUGAAGGAGCAGCUGACCGAGCACCUCUGCGCCAUCAUCCAGCAGAAUGAGCUGCGCAAAGCCCACAAACUGGAGGAGCUGAUGCAGCAGCUGCAACUUCAGGCCACCGAGGAGGAGCUGGAGAGGCAGAAACGGGAGGAGGAGGAAGAGGACAGGAAGAAGAGGAGAAGCUUUGUGGAAGGGCAGCGAGACGGGAAGGAGGGAACCGGUUCAGUGGCGGACCAGGAGGGAGCAGUGCAAUCAACCAAAGACUGUAAACCUUCAGAGGGGGAGAGUGUGGAGGAGGAGGAGGAGGAGAGAGGAGGUGAGGAGCACAAAGCGAUGACUGAACCACCAAAGAGUGAAGAAAACUGUACAACCGCUGGGAACGGUGCUGACGGUGAGAGUGCGGCGUCCUGAUCUUCACUGAGCACUGAGACAUUGUUUUCACCUGUUCUGUAAAACACGUGGACUUGAUGACACUGUUCCAUCUUUGAUCUUGUCCUCUUUUGAAUGUUUGUCCCAUAAUAUGGUGCUUUCCAGAACCAGAGAAUAUUCACUUUGUAGAAGCAAUCAGAAAAAUCUUGUUUUAAUAAUGAAAAAAGCUUCAAACCCAUUCAUUGAUUAUCAAAAUAGGUGGCGGUUAAUUUAGUAAUCGACUAAUAAUCAACUCAUUUAGUAACUGAUUCAGCAGCUCUAAUGCAAACAUUGCAACUUUUACCAUUCAUAUCACUUCUGUCACAUUUGCUUCACAAUAUACACGUGACGCUUUUCCAUUAUGCAGUUCUAGCAUGACUCCACUCGUUUCAGUUAGAAAUAGUACUUGGUGCUUUUUUGGUACCUUCUCUGACGAGGUCACAAGCGAGCUGAGCCGCUACCACGAUACUAAAAUGUGACGUCAACACACUGCCGGCCACUGAUUGGUCACUGGAAGAGUCACGAGCGCGACGUCCGACAUGAGAAUCGAAGCGAACAAUGUCGAAAUAUAGAUCAAUUAAAAAGACUCAAAAAUCCUGAAAACAUGAGUUCAUCGCCAACAUUUAGGAAAUGUUAUGUUUGCUUUGCUCUUCACUUGUUUGUGUCACGUUUAAAGUCACACCUUGCUAUGAAGUGCUAUGAAACUGAUGGAAAACGACAUGCCUGAUACCAGACUGAGUAGAGUUAGAACUGUACAAUGGAAAGGUGUCAGUCAGUAUGACUUUUUUUUUUUUUUUUUACUACAACCCACAAAUUAGAGGGCGGGUGAUGUCACUCCCACUUCCCAGUUCCAAUGUAAAUGGAAUGCAGGAAUAAUUGUCUUUCCACAUUAUGUAAAUAAAGAGAUCUGAGAGGGAGAAUGACACAGCACUCCCACCUCUGAGCUCGGUGUACAGCCUUCACACCGUCACUCACCCUGCAUACACAUUCUUUCAGCUAACUUUAAUACUGUAACGAAACCUUUUAAGCUUAACUUAACCCCCUCUUCUGACACUAACUCAUUUUGCCAAGAAGUGGGCUGAGAGCUGAGGGAGGGACUGUGGGGCAGUGCAGGGGGCGUGGUCUGGCAGUGAAUUUGACAGCAGGUGUGUGAAGUGCUGAGUGGUGGAGAGAGAAAGAUGACGACGUGACACCGUCGGUGUUUAUAAAACAGGGAGGAGUCUGGGUCAACGAGCCUCGCUGUGAUUAGACCAGAGGCUCGUUAAACUUGGUGUUGGUCAUUUUUGUCACAUUUAUAAUUUCAGUACUGUGGUGAUUUACACCUGGAUCAGAAAUAGCAUUACUAGAUGUGCAUAUGCACUGAUUUAUACCUAAAAGAAAAUGUGGUUUAGGGGUUUAUUUGCACUUUAAAAGGGGAAAUGUGUGAAACAAUAAUAAUAAUAAGAGGUUCAGAGAUGGAGAGAUCAUCACAGGUCAUCUGUUGUCUGCUCAUCUGAUUCAUCUGAACACUUUUUCCCUGACUUUACUCAAGUGUGAUUUCUCUUUUGUUUUUUAAUGUUUUUAAUGCUUUCAGUUGCAAUCGAGCGCAUUGUUUACGUUUGGUCACAGAUUAUGAUUUAAUAAGUGUCUGGACUGAAGUGGCAGGACAUUUUUAUUUACUUAGAAGCCAAGAUCAGCAGUUUUUCUUUCUGUCAUAUCAAGCAAGUGCUUUAAGCUGCUUUUACAAAACCAGAAACAGCUUUAAUAUUUUAUUGCAGAUUAAAAAAUAAUAAUUAAAAUUUCACUAUGAUAACUUUAUGUAUAUGUGUAUAUAUAUAUAUAUAUAUAUAUAUAUAUAUAUAUAUAUAUAUAAUUAUGGCCAGUUUAAAUUGAAUUGACAUUUGCACCAUGAAAACAACACAACACUCCAUUGCAGUGAGUAAAACUGUAAAAAAAGAAGAAAUUCUAGGAUAAAAAUACAGUGAAGCUCAACGAUGUGUUUCCACUGCAGUCGUCUGGAUUAACACUGAACUCACAACCAGAAAACAAGACGGCAAGAGAAAGACGACCCAGAGACUGUGACUGUUGAUUUCCUUAAACCUUUUUUAUUCAAUCUAAACUAAAAGAACAGAGUUUUGUAGACACUAUAUAUAUAUGUGUGUGUGUGUGUGUGCGUAAAAGCAUACUUUUGUUGUCUGUCCUGUAUUAUGUUAAUCUUUCCCAGGUUCCUCAAUAAUGUUCAGUUGUCAUAAAAAUCAGGAGAAAAUGUUGAUUUUACAAAACGUGUUGAUUUUCGACCGAUGUCUCUUUGGGAAAGUGAAACACGGGUCCUUCACUUGAACACGAGCAGGAAUUGGUCUGUGUCCUCGCGUGUGUGUGUGUGUGUGAGGGGGUCUAAGUGAGCGGGUUCUGGUGGUUGUCAGUGCAGCAGAGGAGCAGUGGGCCUCCUCUCUGGUAAGAUGAUAUCAGUUCAUGUGGAUGCUCUCUGCAGACUUUGAACCGUCUGCUCCUUUUUCUGGUUUAUCCGUUUGAAUGUUUUAAAGUAAACCCUGCAGAGAACAAUGUAUUUAAAUGAGGUGAAUGUUAAGAAUGUGUAUCACUAAAAUAAACUUUUUAAGGAACAUUCA